AUGCGCAAUCUCUACGAGAACAGACGAAGUGCUCUGCAAGCUGCAUUGUUGCUGUCACCUGAUUCUUGCCCAUUGGAAGAGCUCUUCCGUAGCAUAGUCUCGCUUUCUUAUUCUGGUGACUUUAGAAUGUACGUCGGAGAAGACAGAGAGAAGGUGACCAAAAUUGUACGAGGGAGCAUGCAGGAGCUGGCCGAUGUCUAUGAACCCAUGCUAACUGAAGACCCUAGGAUUGUGGUUCAGAGUGAUAAUAUCUUACAAGACGGCUCCACCGCAGCCAUAUAUCAUCGCUUAAAUCUUCUACCUUCCGCUGUCCUGAACUCUAUACAACAUAAUUGGAACAAAAGGAACAAGUGGCAUAAGGAUACGGAAGAGGUGCUGUUCUCACUAGCACAUCGUCAUGACGUUUCCGAGCAUGUGGCGCAGGCUCUCUCUUCUAUUGUCGCUCCCGUUGCCAUCUCACAAACUCUCAAAAAUACUGUGACGGCAGGAUUUUACAGAAGUGCUGUCUAUGGCUUACAAAAGCUCACGAAAAUGAUCCGAAGUAUUAGAAGAUAGAAAAUAAAAGCUUUAUUAAGGUUUGUUUCAUGUGUAUAAUUACCUCGGUUUUGUCUCAGCUACCUAAUAAUUUACUUUUUAUUCACCGCCAGUUCGCUUUUAUUAUUUCUUGAGUUAUAAAUUAGUCUUUCACGUUGUUUGGUCUUCACUCAAAACGUGGACUUGUUUGACUCCAGAAUCGCUCACUUGCGCUAGAGCUUGGUAUUCUUGAUGCUAGUUUUUCACAUUCCAUUGCAU